CUGAGGAAGAGAACAGAGAAGAAGAGCAGCAAAACCCGUAAAAUUCUCAUCCAAAUGCCUUCUCCGGCCAAUUCGAUCGCCGGCGCUGGUCCCAUCGGCUGCUGCGUCUUCCUCCGCUGGCCAUCCUCUUCGUCGCGGCUCGGCUACCGCGCUCUCCCGCCGGUCGAUGGCUACAACGGGGAGGAGGAUUCAACGGUGAGGGUGGUAGUGGGGAAGGAGAGGAGGGUGUUCCUGGUGGACCCUUUCGUUCUAGACAUGGCCCCCUUCCGGAUUCUGCUGGAGAUGGUGAGGAAAGAGAGGAAGGGGAGGGAGUCGAAGAGGAAAGAUUCGAUCUUUGUCGACAUCGACGCCAUUCUCUUCGAGCACAUGCUGUGGUUGGUCUACAAUGACUGCUCCUCCUCCUCUGCAUCCAUGCUCCAGCUCAACUUGAAGGAGAUCAUAGAGUUCUAUUCCCAGGAUAAUUGAUGAGGUUAAGAGGUUCUCUAAAAGUGUUAUCUUUUAGCCUUUAAUCUGAUUUUAUUAAGCAGUGUUGUUCUUUUGGGUGAUAAGGGCUCAUGGUUGUUUAAUUCUUAUUGCCAUGAGGAUGUACAUUUAAAGGGUGAACAGAGGUUCUGUUUUCUAGUCAGUAAAUAGAUAAAUAAGUUGCGAAAUUGAUG